AUGCUCAUCUCUUUAUACCCAGGAAUCACAAGCUUGCUUCUCUCUCUCCUUCCUUUCAGAGUCUGAGGUGGGCAUGACAACAGUGAACCGUUGUUUGGACGCUGCUAAGGCCUGUAAUGUGGAUGAGACGUGUCAGAAACUACGCACGGAGUACGUGUCGGCGUGCAUCGCCCCAUCGGCGCGGGCUGGGCCCUGCAACCGAGCACGCUGUUGCAAAGCACUGAGAAAGUUCUUCGACCGUGUGCCGCCAGACUACACACACGAGCUGCUCUUCUGUCCAUGCUCUGACACGGCUUGUGCAGAGCGACGGCGCCAGACCAUUGUGCCUGCAUGCUCUUAUGAAGAAAGGGAAAAACCCAAUUGCCUGGCACAACUUCGAGUUUGUGAGGCCGACUAUGUGUGCAAGUCUCGCUGGUCUCAGUUCCAGCACGACUGCCAACCCUCCGAGCUUACUGCCAGCGGCUGCCAGCAAGAAAAUUACGGAGCCUGCCUUGUUGCGUACACCGGCCUGAUAGAAUAA